CAGCAUGCUUGGUCACUCGUCACGACGCUGGAGCUCGGCGCCGCCAAGACGCUAGCCCGCUCUGGCUCAGGCGCCGCCUUUGUUUACCAACUGACUAAUUACUGUACUCUGCUCUGCCGCCAUCAUCACUGCUGCCCUCUCUCCAGACACGCUCACCGCUGCCCUUUCGACGCGAUUCAACCACCACGCUGCCAUUGACUCGCCCAUCGCGCUGACACCAGCUGCCUGUCUCUGUAUACUAUACUAUAUACGAUUUUCCAUAGCGCCGGCCUCUUCUCAGCGCAAUGCCUGUUGCUCUCUCCCGGAAACGCAAGUCGCCAGAGCCCGACCGCGACACAUACAAUGAAGAGAAUGUCACAACGCCGACCGGCAGCCCAGCCCGCAAGAAAUUGAGAAUCACACAGACCCAAAAGCAGACUCUAAUUGACAAUUUACAGUUGGAAAUUACUGAGCGAGCACGAAAACUGCGUGCUCAGUAUGCCCUUCAGGCCCAAGAUCUAAAGGCUCGUAUUGAAAGACGCGUCAACCGCAUUCCCAUUUCACUGCGCAAGACCACAAUGGGCGUGCUCCUCGAGAAAUACCAAGCUCAACCGCCGAAAAAGGCAGCUGUUUCAACAAAGGCCAACAAAAAUGCGACGACAACUGUCAUUCCAAAGGAUGUCGAAUAUCCUAAUAUUGCCACAAUCGCCUCACCAUCUCGUUACGCUCCACAAACGAGCAACGUCGGGAGUUAUUCCGAUAAAGAGAACGCGCCCGUUCAAGAUGCUCAUGUCCCUCUCGAGAAUCCCAAGAAGCGAGGUAACCCGAAUGCUACGGGACAGCCGCGGUCUGUAUCGCAAGUGUUGCGUGAUGCCGAGUCCAAAGUCCUGUCACCGAAAUCUUCCAAUUCUCGCACCUACAAGCAGUCGCCGCUGAUCACGUCGCCGACCAAGAGCUCGUACCUAUCGCGUCCUGCAUCUCCACUUAAGCCCUCUAGUCCUUUAAAGGCUAUGAUUGAAGAUGCUCGCGCUCGUACUAUGCGACCAGAAACAAGGAAGGCUUCUCCUGCAGCUGGAAGGAAAACAAAAACUACAACACAAACACGAAAGACUACGACCAAGUCCUCUAAGCCUGUCGCCGCUAAAUCCCCAGCGCGGCCAGCCACACGGCAGCAAGAUCGACACACAAGUACCAGCACCACAUUAUCCAACAUGUCUGCGGGCACAACAAUCGUCAAACCUACACGCACUGCAACCGCCAAGCGUGCCACUGCCACUACGUCAAGUGCAGCGGCGAAGCGGACCGCAGUAGCUCGGAGUCAAGGUCCCACGGCUGCCGCUACAGCGAAACGAACAGCAGCGGCUGCAAAAAAGGCUGCUAUGGAAGCCCCUGUCAGUAAUACUGGCAGAGUCCUACGGAAGCGUGCCUAGUUGUGUGAAUGGGAAUUUAAUGACUUUGUAAUGAAAUCAACAUUUUAGGACUGAAAAUAGACUUAUUUCCUUGACUGACAAGGAGCCCUUGGGAAGCAGAGGACUCCUUGCCUCUUUUCUUAUAGGCUCAUUGCACGAACGGGAUCGGCGUAGGGGUUUUAAGUGCUAUUAUUGUUGCGCAUCCCUCUUUACACUUGGGGAUGAUGUUUGGUUUUGGUUUUUCUACUUUUUAGGCUGCGGGAUUGAAUUGGGCUUUUGUUGCUAGCGAUUUGGGAUAGAAAGACAUUGACUAUGUGCUCUGGGGGAUUGUUUUCUUCCAAAGCAUGCAAAUUCGAUGGAG